GGCCGGUGGGCGGCACUGUGGCUCCCCAACCCGGGUGCGGGACGAAAGCGCUGGGCGGCGCGGACCGAGGAGGGGCUGCGAGUGAAGCGGUGCGGUGGAGGAGUUAGGGCCGGGUCAGGGGAGGCUGUGACUCCCGACCAAGCCAGUGGAGUAGUGCCAGGCUGAGGCAAGGUGAGGCGCGGGGUGCCUUGGAGAGUCCCCCCUGUGCCCCGAGUGGGGCGGAAGCACGCGGGCUGGCUAGCGGGGAGGGCGGGCGGUGGCACUGCUUCAGGGAAGAGUGCAGACCGCGGGAGGCCGAGCCCGGCGCCGGCACCGGCUGAGAGAUAGGGGCGUCCCCUCCCCGCAGGAGGAGCCUAGGGCUCCUCUACCUUCCCUCCCCCGCGCUUCGGAGUCGCCUUUUCCGCGGGCUGCUGCGGGAGCGGAGGGGCGGCGGUGCUGGGGCCAGAUAAGUGGGAGCGACCGGGCCUCAGCCCCCAGGACGCGCGGGCGGGGGCGGGCCGUGGGUGAGGCGGGGCGGGGGCGCGAGAGGGUGGGGGGGCGGGGUAGCGUGCAGAGCCUAGGAGGGCGGCGACGGUGCAGGCGGCCGGCUGGUGGCCGGGUAGCCUGCCUCCCGUGCGCUUCGCGCCAGCAGCCCACGCCGCAGUGUGUUCUGUGGACGGCACCUUCCCAGACAGCCCGGCAGAACGCAGCUCGGCGCCCCAGCCUUGGACGCGAUGUUCCGCAGGAGCUUUAAUCGCUUUUGUGCUGGAGAAGAGAAACGAGUUGGUACACGCACGGUGUUUGUUGGCAAUCAUCCAAUUUCAGUAGCAGAAGAUUACAUUGCACAAAGGUUUUGUGAUAAUAGGAUAGUCUCAUCUAAGUAUACACUUUGGAAUUUUCUCCCAAAGAAUCUGUUUGAACAGUUUAGAAGAAUUGCAAAUUUUUAUUUUCUCAUAAUUUUCCUUGUACAGGUCACAGUAGAUACACCAACUAGCCCAGUUACCAGUGGACUUCCACUUUUCUUUGUUAUAACUGUUACAGCCAUCAAGCAGGGAUAUGAGGAUUGGCUGAGACACAGAGCUGACAAUGAAGUCAACAAGAGAAAUGUUUACAUUAUUGAAAAUGCAAAGCGAGUUAGAAAAGAGAGUGAAAAGAUCAAGGUCGGUGAUGUAGUAGAAGUACAGGCAGAUGAAACUUUUCCCUGUGAUCUUAUUCUUCUAUCAUCCUGUACUAGUGAUGGAACCUGUUAUGUUACUACAGCCAGUCUUGAUGGGGAAUCCAAUUGCAAGACACAUUAUGCAGUACGUGAUACCAUUGCACUAUGUACAGCUGAAUCCAUUGAUACCCUCCGAGCAGCGAUUGAAUGUGAACAGCCACAACCUGACCUCUACAAGUUUGUUGGGCGAAUCAGUAUCUAUCGUAAUUCUCUUGAGGCUGUUGCAAGGUCUUUGGGACCUGAAAAUCUCUUGUUGAAAGGAGCUACACUGAAAAAUACCGAGAAGAUAUAUGGAGUUGCUGUUUACACUGGGAUGGAAACCAAAAUGGCUUUGAACUACCAAGGGAAAUCUCAAAAACGUUCUGCUGUUGAAAAGUCCAUUAAUCUCUUCUUGAUUGUGUAUUUAUUUAUCUUACUGACCAAAGCUGCAGUAUGCACUAUUCUAAAGUAUAUUUGGCAAAAUACCCCAUACAAUGAUGAACCUUGGUAUAACCAAAAGACCCAGAAAGAGCGGGAUACUUUGAAGGUUUUGAAAAUGUUCACCGACUUCCUAUCAUUUAUGGUUCUGUUCAACUUUAUCAUUCCUGUCUCCAUGUAUGUCACAGUAGAAAUGCAGAAAUUCUUGGGCUCCUUCUUUAUUUCAUGGGAUAAGGACUUUUAUGAUGAAGAAAUUAAUGAAGGAGCCCUGGUUAACACAUCAGACCUUAAUGAAGAACUUGGUCAGGUGGACUAUGUAUUUACAGAUAAAACUGGAACACUCACUGAAAACAGCAUGGAAUUCAUUGAAUGCUGCAUAGAUGGGCACAAGUAUAAAGGUGUAACUCAGGAAACUGAUGGACUCUCUCAAACUGAUGGACCUUUAACAUAUAUUGAUAAAGCAGAUAAGAAUCGAGAAGAGCUCUUUCUGCGUGCCUUGUGUUUAUGCCAUACUGUAGAAAUUAAAGUAAAUGAUGCUGUUGAUGGAGCUACAGAAUCAGCUGAAUUAACCUAUGUGGCCUCUUCACCAGAUGAAAUAGCUUUGGUGAAAGGAGCUAAAAAGUAUGGGUUCACAUUUUUAGGAACUCAGAAUGGCUAUAUCAGAAUAGAGAACCAAAGACAAGAAAUAGAAGAGUAUGAACUUCUUCACACCUUAAACUUUGAUUCUGUCCGCCGUCGUAUGAGUGUUAUUGUGCAGACUAAAGAAGGAGGCAUACUUCUCUUUUGUAAAGGUGCCGACUCAGCAAUUUUCCCCAGGGUGCAUAAUCAUAACAUUGAGUCAACCAAAGCCCAUGUGGAACGAACUUCAAUGGAUGGGUAUCGGACACUUUGUGUAGCCUUCAAAGAAAUUCCUCCAGAUGAUUAUGAAAGAAUUGACAGACAGCUCGUAGAGGCAAAAAUGGCCUUACAACAGAGAGAAGAAAAAUUGGAAACAAUUUUUGAUGAUAUUGAGACAAACAUGAAUUUAAUUGGAGCCACUGCAGUGGAAGACAAGCUACAAGAUCAAGCAGCUGAGACCAUUGAAGCUCUGCAUGCAGCAGGUCUGAAAGUCUGGGUGCUUACUGGGGAUAAGAUGGAGACAGCCAAAUCCACCUGCUAUGCCUGCCGCCUUUUCCAAACCAGCACUGAGCUCUUAGAAUUGACCACAAAAACCAUUGAAGAAAGUGAAAGGAAAGAAGAUCGAUUACAUGAAUUGUUGAUAGAAUACCGUAAGAAGUUGCUGCAUGAAUUUCCUAAAAGUACUAGAAGCCUUAAAAAAGCAUGGACAGAACAACAGGAAUAUGGAUUAAUCAUUGAUGGCUCCACAUUGUCACUCAUAUUAAAUUCUAAUCAUGACUCCAGUUCUAACAAUUACAAAAGCAUUUUCGUACAGAUUUGUAUGAAGUGCACUGCAGUGCUCUGCUGCCGGAUGGCACCAUUGCAGAAAGCACAGAUUGUCAGAAUGGUGAAGAAUUUAAAAGGGAGCCCAAUAACACUGUCGAUAGGUGAUGGUGCCAAUGAUGUUAGUAUGAUCUUGGAAUCCCAUGUGGGAAUAGGUAUUAAAGGCAAAGAAGGUCGCCAAGCAUCCAGAAAUAGCGAUUAUUCUGUUCCAAAGUUUAAACAUUUAAAGAAAUUGCUAUUGGGGCAUGGACAUCUAUAUUAUGUGAGAAUAGCACACCUUGUACAGUAUUUCUUCUAUAAGAACCUUUGUUUCAUUUUGCCACAAUUUUUGUACCAGUUCUUCUGCGGAUUCUCACAACAGCCACUGUAUGAUGCUGCUUACCUUACAAUGUACAAUAUCUGCUUCACAUCCUUGCCCAUCCUAGCCUACAGUCUACUGGAACAGCAUGUCAACAUUGACACUCUGACUUCAGAUCCACGAUUGUAUAUGAAAAUUUCUGGCAAUGCCAUGCUGCAGUGGGGCCCCUUCUUAUAUUGGACAUUUCUGGCUGCAUUUGAAGGGAUAGUAUUCUUCUUCGGGACUUAUUUUCUUUUUCAGAAUUCAUCCCUAGAAGAAAAUGCAAAGGUGUAUGGAAACUGGACUUUUGGAACCAUUGUUUUUACAAUCUUAGUAUUCACUGUAACUCUGAAGCUUGCCUUGGAUACUCGUUUCUGGACAUGGAUAAAUCACUUUGUGAUAUGGGGUUCUUUAGCCUUUUAUGUAUUUUUCUCAUUCUUCUGGGGAGGAAUUAUUUGGCCUUUUCUCAAACAACAGAGAAUGUAUUUUGUAUUUGCUCAAAUGCUGUCUUCUGUAUCCACAUGGUUGGCCAUAGUUCUUCUAAUAUUUAUCAGCCUUUUCCCUGAGAUUCUCCUGAUAGUAUUAAAGAAUGUAAGAAGAAGAAGUGCCAGGAGAAAUCUGAGCUGUAAAAAGGCAUCUGACUCAUUAUCCGCCAGACCUUCAGUCAGACCUCUUCUUUUACGAACAUUCUCAGACGAAUCUAAUAUAUUGUAACAGAAUCAGAAUCUUGAACUGCCUAUGUUAUUGUCCUACAAGCAUAUUGACAGUGGUUACAGCUAGAAAAGAAAGCAUGAAGAAACAACUACAAAAAGUUAAUCAUCUCAGGAUACUCGAUAUGCAACAAACUAAACAACUCUCUUAUGUCUAGGGUUCAGAAUAAAUGUCCAUUAAAAUACCAAAUUGUAAGCAUUUACAGUUAUUGUAAGUAGCCAUUAUGGCCAAAGCUCUAUGUUACAAAUUAUACGAAAGUUGAAAGCAAGAAUAUUUACAAUUAUUGGCUUUAGAUAGAAUAAUAUAAUUACCAAGUGGGUGUUCUUUUAACCCAUGAAUUUUGUGAAUGGAUUUAAAUAGAAUAGUAUAAAAUAGAAGUCAUGCAAUGGGAAUGAAUAGAUUUUGCUAAUAUUUCUUUUUCUGCCUGGUGGAAGAAAUCAGUUCUUUGGAUCACACUUCUUGUUCCUGCUGAAUGAUGAUCUACCUUAAAUUAUUUUUUCAACACAUGAAAGGAAUACUUGAAAGUAUAAGAAGACUAAAUGAUAUCAAUGCAUCAGAUAGAAUAGUUAAUCUUUUCUGUUUACCCACAUGCUAAUUUUGUCUUGAUAGAAUAUCCUUGUCAAGAAAUGAACACUUACGUGGAAAUAGUGUUAGUCCUGGGUGUUUUCCUGAGAAUAAAAAAUUUUGUAUUUAAUUUUAUUUUUGUUCUUCUGAAUAAACCCCACGUAUUGGGUGUUUGGCUACUAGAUUUGAAAAUAAAACAUUUCCAAUCACUUAGUAGCCCCUCAAAAUAGUUCAGAUAUAACAUAUUUUUCCCAUAUUUUAUUAGGAUCUGAGGUAAGGUGGGCCAAACCACAGUUAUAUAAAAGUAAAGGGCAUUCUGAACAUCAGUCUUUUAUGACUUUGUGUAGAGAGGAAAUAAGAAUAGCUUCUUUCAAACUUAAUGGUUUUUAUUUGAAAGAGGCUACACAUAUGCAUAUAUACAGCACUUUUUUUUUAAAUUGCCAGUUUGGGAGGGAAGGAUCCAUCCCAGGAUGGUGUUUCAGCUGGCAAAGCCAUAACUGAACAUAUAUGCUGUCUCUCUUAGCAAACUCGAAUGGGUAAUGGUCUAACACUAAAUUAUGAGAUUCACAUUGGUAAAGUACUCAACUUACUGGGCUAGAAGGAGAUUUUAUCCUGCUAAUGAAUCCACUUAAAACGUAAAAAUUGAAAUAUCUUUAUUACAUGGUAAAAUUAAACAUAUUUGGGGGGAUAUAAAUGACUUCAUUUGACAACUUGAUUAAAAUGGUCUUUUAAAAAGUGUUUUCAUUACCAGUUUCCAUUUUUGGAUGUCUUUUCUGACAUGCCUGUACUAUUAUUAGUGUUAUAUUGUACCAUUUUGGAAAAGUAUUUGAUUCAAUCUGUACCAAUAUAUUUAUAUAGUCCAUAUGGCACAUUUGAUUCUUCUAUGUAUAUUUUGUAUUAAUAUUUAGGUGUAAUUUUUCUUAACUUCUAGAAGGACAUAUUUCACUUAUCAGAACCAUUCUAUCAUUACAUUUCAUUAUUUUCUUUGUUGUCAUCUCUCAGUAUUAUUUUUGAGUAUUUUCUUAGGUGUCAUUCACACCUUACCUGGUAGCCUGUAUUUGAGGUAGUCUGCUGAAGUCAUAUAUUCUUUCCCUAUUCCAAAGAGCCAAAGACUCAGACCCAGGAAAGCUUAGGAUGUUUUUUUUUUUUUUAAGAAGUACUUUUUAAAAAACAUUUUAAAAUUGAUUUUUUUUAGAGAGAGAGAGGAAGGGAAAGGGAGGGAGGGAAAAGAGGAGAGAGAGAGAGAAGAGAAACAUAGAUGUGAGAGCAAGACAUUGAUCCGCUGCCUCCUGCAUGCCCCCUACUGGGGAUCAAACCCAGGCACAGGUCCUGACCGGAAUCAAACCGGCAACCUUAAGGUGCAUGGGACCAUGCCCCCAACUGAGCCAUAUCGCCAGGGCUUGUUUUUAUAGUUGUUGCUGUAUUGUUAUUGUUUUAUGUUAAGAACUAUAGGGACUGUGAAUACAAAUGAGAGAGCCACAAUGGAUAAAGAGUCUUGUUUAAUGCAGAACCAUUGGAGGUAUGACAUAAUCAGAAUAUCCGUGGUAGUGGAAAUAUAACUGGUAGCAUAUAAAAUUUAUUGCAGCCUGGAAGAAACAUGAGUAAGGGGGAUUUAGAAUUAUAUCUCAGCUACAAAUUACACUGCAGUUCAAAUUCACAAAGGCAGUGAUUGUUAAUAUCAUGGUUUAGAAUAGAUCCUUGAGAGGGACCUGACUUUCCUUUUUGAAAGACAUUUUAUUAAUGAGCUAAAAAAUUGGCUAGUGUGGGGUUAACAGAUGGAAUAACUUGAAGUAAGGUAUCCAGUAUGCCCUAUAAUCUAACCACCGUAUUUUGUGACAGGAGAAAAUGUAACGCUAGGAUCAUAUUACAUCAUUUGAAUAAUUUUGAACUAUCAAAAUGUCCUUGUAAUUUCACAACUGUUGUCAAUUGUUUGAGGAUGUUACCUACUAAACUGAAAAAAUAAAUUCAAUACCUACCACAUUUACACCAGCAACAGUAUAAAUGCAAGCAUAAAUUUGCAAAAUUCAUAUUAAUUUAGUGAUGAAAUUUUUAAUAACAUGCAGUAUAUAAAUGUGCAGAUUUUAUGCAAAUAUUGAUAAAAUCAUUUUUCAGCUUGCAAAAUGGGACUGCAGUAUGACAUUUUUCACUUAAGCAAUUUUUUACAUCUACGUUGUUGCUUUCUAUAAUGAAUGUGAAUGCCAUCUUUUAUGAAUGCAACUUUUUCAUUACAGAAAUUUUGUUUGAUCUAAUCAAUAAACUUUGGUUUAAUAUGAUUGA